AUGGCCUUCCUUGACGGUGCCUACAGUAUGGUCCAUAUGGACAAUGCAGCGGACCAGCCGAGCCAACAGGAUCUGAAGACGCAGCUGGAAAAAGGGACAGAUGAGACCAAAGUUGACACCAUGAAGAAGAUCCUCACCAUCAUGCUCAACGGCGACCCCAUGCCUAACCUGCUGAUGCACAUUAUUCGAUUUGUGAUGCCCUCGAAAAGCAAGCCGCUCAAGAAGUUACUAUACUUCUACUAUGAGAUUUGCCAGAAGCUGGACGCCAAUGGCAAGUUGAAGCAGGAGAUGAUCCUCGUCUGCAACGGCAUCCGCAACGACCUCCAACAUCCUAAUGAAUUCGUGCGAGGCAACACUUUACGCUUCCUUGCCAAAUUGCGCGAGCCCGAACUGAUCGAACCCCUACUCUCCGCCGCUCAGACCUGCCUGGAUCACCGCCAUGCCUAUGUACGAAAGAAUGCUGUUUGGGCUCUCGCUUCCGUCUAUCAACAUGCUCAAAACCUCAUUCCGGAUGCGCCAGACAUGCUACAGACGUUCCUUGCCGGCGAAUCAGACACUACCUGCAAGAGAAAUGCUUUUGCUGCCUUGAUGUCCAUCAGUCAUGACAAGGCCCUGGAAUAUCUGAGCGGUGUUCUAGAUGGCGUACCGAAUGCCGAUGAACUACUCCAGCUUGUUGAACUCGAAUUCAUUCGAAAAGAUGCUGUCCAAAACCAGGCCAACAAGGCCCGCUACCUCAGACUGAUUUUCGACCUCCUUGAAGCAAAUGCCAGCACCGUCACCUAUGAGGCUGCCACUUCCUUGACAUCUCUCACGAGCAAUCCGGUUGCUGUAAAGGCAGCAGCUGGCAAACUUAUCGAGCUUAGCAUCAAAGAGGCGGACAAUAAUGUCAAGCUUAUUGUUCUUGACCGCGUUGAUCAACUCCGGAGACGGAAUGAGGGUGUCCUUGAUGAUCUGACCAUGGAGGUUCUUCGCGUGCUUUCCAGUCCAGAUCUUGACGUCCGAAAGAAGGCUCUUGGUAUUGCUCUUGAGAUGGUUUCAAGCAAAAACGUCGAGGAGAUUGUCAUGCUCCUGAAGAAGGAGUUGAGCAAGACGGUGAACGAGCAGUAUGAGAAAAACAGCGAAUAUCGUCAACUGCUCAUCCAGUCCAUUCACCAAUGCGCGAUCAAGUUCUCUGAGAUCGCUGCUAGUGUGGUGGACGUGCUCAUGGACUUCAUUGUCGACUUUAACAACAGUGCCGCUGUGGACGUCAUCUCGUUCGUCAAAGAGGUGGUGGAGAAGUUCCCUAAGCUUCGUUCCUCGAUUGUGGAAAGGCUCGUAUCUACUUUGGGCGAGGUGCGAGCUGGCAAGGUCUACCGUGGUUCGCUCUGGGUUGUCGGUGAGUACUCGCUCACGGAAGAAGACAUCCGAGAGGCGUGGAAACGGAUCCGAUCUAGCAUUGGCGAGAUUCCGAUUCUAGCCAGCGAGCAGCGCCUACUCGAGGAACACGUUGAUGGCGAGGAUCCCGAGACGAAGCAGGUCAACGGCACGAAAACAUCGUCUUCUAGCCGCAAGGUACUUGCGGACGGCACAUAUGCUACCGAGAGUGCUUUGACCAGCGAAUCGACCGCAAAUGCUCGGCUAGAAGCUGUCAAGGCUGCUUCGAAACCACCCUUGCGACAGCUAAUUCUGGAUGGCGAUUAUUACCUUGCGUCUGUACUAUCGUCUACCCUGACCAAACUUGUGAUGCGACAUUCUGAAAUUUCAUCGUCGCAAGAACGAACGAACGCGUUGCGAGCAGAAGCCAUGUUGAUCAUGAUCUCCAUCAUCCGUGUUGGCCAGUCGCAGUUUGUCAAGGCUCCCAUCGAUGAAGAUUCGAUCGACCGAAUCAUGUCUUGUGUGCGGUCCUUGGCCGAGUUCUCUGAGCACAAGGAACUCGAGACGUCGUUUCUCGAUGACACACGGCAAGCUUUCCGAGCCAUGGUCCAGGUUGAGGAGAAAAAGCGUGCUGAAAAGGCCGCGGUGGAAAAGGCGAAGACUGCUGUGCAAGUCGAUGAUGUGUUUUCAAUACGCCAACUCACCAAAAAGGGGGCCGGCGAUGGGGCCGAUGAGAUUGAAAUUGAUCUGGAGAAAGCGACAGGGGGAGACAGCGCCUAUGAAGACUUGUCGUCCAAGCUCAGUCGCCUAGUUCAGCUGACCGGCUUCUCAGAUCCUGUCUACGCCGAAGCAUACGUCAAAGUGCAUCAGUUUGACAUCAUCCUGGAUGUGCUCCUUGUUAACCAGACACAAGACACACUACAAAAUCUGUCGGUAGAAUUUGCGACGCUGGGCGACCUAAAGGUGGUGGAACGACCAACGACGCACAACCUUGGACCGCAGGACUUCUUGAACGUCCAGUCUACAAUCAAAGUCUCCAGCACGGACACAGGCGUCAUAUUCGGCAAUGUUAUCUACGACUCCCCGUCGGGUACCGAUACACGCGUGGUAAUUCUCAACGACGUGCAUGCGGAUAUCAUGGACUAUAUUCAACCGGCAACUUGCACCGAGUCGGCGUUCCGAACCAUGUGGACCGAGUUUGAAUGGGAGAAUAAGGUCAACAUCAACAGCAAAUCGUCAUCGAAGACGCUUCGCGAGUUCCUUGACCAUCUGAUGAAGAGCACGAACAUGACAUGCCUUACUCCAGAUGCAGGAUUGAAGGGUGACUGUCAGUUCUUGAGCGCCAAUCUCUACGCGCGGAGUGUUUUUGGGGAGGAUGCAUUGGCGAACUUGAGUAUUGAGAAGACAGCGGACGGUAGUAUCGUGGGCUUUGUGCGGAUACGAUCUCGAUCGCAGGGUCUGGCAUUGAGUCUGGGGUCGCUUAAGGGGCUGAAAGCCGGGACUUAUUGA